AAAGUAUAAAAAUCUCAUCUCUCUGAAGUGAUUUGGUGACACUGUGAAACUGUCUGAAGAGCUACUGUGUUUGCCCUGAUGCAAACUAAUUUACAGGUUCCUUUACUCUCAGGGUAAUGAGCCAAGGUGGGGUGGAGGAAAUAGUCACCAUUGUGUUCAGUCUCAUUUGAGAAGCUCCACAUGAGAAAGCCCCAUCAUGUGAAAAGAAUUGCUCUACUUCAGUGUGUGCUGGUCUCUCCCCUGGCUUUCCAGCAUGACUGAAUGGCUUUGAAGUUUGUAAGAAAAAUGAUUUUUUAUAUCCAGUUGUUUUUCUUCAACAGCCCCAUUUAAACCUCAGAUAAAAUCUUCUGGAAUUGCCCUGAGUCAUGAGAUGGAUGCCAAAAUGACUGCCAGGACCAAGUAUCUCCUGGCCCAAAGGAUGGGCUUUGUUUUGGAGCGCAGACACAGGAACACAAGCCAGAUCCCUGAUCUCUCCAAGAAAUCACAGGAUAUAAACUGCUGCCCAAAAGCAAGCUCCGGAGAACUUCAAUAACCUCCAGGAAAGCUCUGAGGUUAGGGAGAGUAGCUCAGCCAAAGAAGACAUGAGGAGUCUGCUGGCACUGCUGAUCGUGACGCUGGCCCUGGCAGCACUCUGCUGUUGUGAGAAAGAUCCCAAAGAACCCUCCGCAUCUCUCAGCGCUGACAGCAUCAAGAUUAAAAGAGAAGUUGCCAAUGCCUUUGUGAAGAGGAAGAAGAGAUCCAGCCCUUACGAAUGGUACUUCGAGUAUUAUAAAAGUCCGAUGGAGCAGAUGCAUGAGCGCUGUGAAAACUACCCACCCUGUGACUAUCUCUCUGACCAAGUGGGAUUUGCCUUGGCCUACAACCGCUUCUUUGGGAGAUACUGAGGAUGGGAAGGCAUCUCCACUCGUUUGGCUUGGAACACUCCGAACCCCACAGGAGAAGGAAGGCUGUGGUUGGGAAGGAAGGAAGGAAAGCACCUGGACCAGCAUCUUCUUCUGCAGUCUCCCUAACCAGCUGGAACACCAAGGCAGGGAUUAUCCCACUUGUUGAGUUUUCAUUAACUUUCUUCCUUUCAUCAAUAAAGUCUCUAUUCAGACAUCUUUUGUGGUAUUUUGAGCUUCACCAGGAGACUCUGUCUUACUUCCUUCCACCUGAAUCCCCAGCACACAAUAGAUGAAAAAUGGUGAUUACUUUCAAGAUAACCACUGCAUGCCUUAGAAACAUCACUAGAUCUCCUACCCUCUUCUGCAAAAUACAGGAAGAUUAUGUAAGAAGAAUGUCACAAUGUGAUGGAUCUGAUCCUGGAAUGCUCACUAUGAAGAAGGAAGAACACCUGUUCCAAUUAGUGGGAAAGUUCAGUAUUUUUAUGUAGUAUAAUCACAUUAAAUAUGCAUUGCAGUAGGAUAAUUUUAUAAAGAUAGAAGUGUGCAAAUACUCUUGCAUAGAUAGCAAUCAGCUUCUGGUACACUCUUCUGAUUACUCUGUCAUAAACUUUGCCUGUAUAGUAACAAUAAAUAAAUCCCAAAAGGUGUGUUUAAGGAGUCCUUUUAGAUGAGCCCUUGCAUUUGUGUGUUGCUUUUCAUGACUUUAAAAAAAAGGCCUUGAAUUCUCUUGGUUUUUGGUUUUGUUUUUUUUUUUUCAACCAGUUUCUAGUGAAACUAAAAAUACUCAGCAGAACAGAAAAAAAAACCAAAACCUCUUCUCCUCUGUUGCUUUUGUAUUUAUGCUGAAAACUGAAAGUAUCUAAACAGCUAAAAAAAAAUAUAAAAAAAGAAGAAAAGAAAGCUAUAAGCAUUAUGAAAUUUAAAAAAAGUUGGUUCAAGGAUGGAUUGAAAUUGGGGCAGUUUUUUGUUUAUUCAAGACAAUUGGUAGCUAAAUAUAUAUAUUAUAUAUGGAAUAUACUACUAAUAUACUCUGUCAGCUUUCUUUCCCGGAGAGGUGGAUGGCAGAUCACACCUCCAAGGACGGGGACUGCUGAUGCUCAGGAAACUUGCAGAGACCAAAUCUCUCUGGUUACAUGUAAGCUGGUGCAACCAUCCCCAACUGCUAAUUGCAAUAAAUACUGCUUAUGUA